AUGGACUCCACGGCCGCGGCCGAGUACAACGAUGAUCUGAGCAACAUCCUUGUUUGCCCUGACUGCAGGGAGUAUCCACCCAAUCUCAAGGAGGAGUACUCGGCUGGCGAUAUUGUCUGCGACUCGUGCGGGCUGGUCCUCGGUGACCGCAUCAUCGACACCCGCUCCGAGUGGCGAAGCUUUGCCAAUGAUGAUCAGAACAGCGACGACCCUUCUCGUGUCGGUGAUUCGGCAAACCCGCUGCUGAAUGGAUCUCAGCUCGAAACCAGCAUCGCCAGCGCAGACAGUCGCCAGAGCCGAACUCUUGCGCGCCUCCAGAACAACACCACGCAACAGGAUAAGACGACGAAGACGCUGCUGCAAGCCUACAAGGAGAUUGGCACGUACUGCGACUCCAUCAACAUCCCGAAGCACAUCUCGGAGGCCGCCAAGCACAUCUUCAAGCUGGUGGAGGAGAAGAAGGCGCUCAAAGGCAAGCCUCAGGAGGCCAUCAUUGCGGGCUGCAUCUUCAUCGCCUGCCGACAGGCUGGCGUGGGUCGUACCUUUCGCGAGAUUCACAACCUCACGAGGGUGGGAAAGAAGGAUAUUGGGAAGGUGUUUAAGCUUCUGGAGUCUUUCCUCCAAAAGCAGAAGCAGGAGGACGUCAAUAUUGGUGUCGCCAGUGCUGGUGGUUACGAGAACACGGGGUCGACGAGCGCCGAGUCGCUCUGCGCCCGUUACUGCUCUCAGCUCAUCUUCAAGAACACCCAGCGGAUCGAAAAUAUCUCACGGGAGCUCGCCAAGAAGACGAGCGGCGUCGCCGACUUGGCCGGAAGGUCUCCAUUGUCGGUCGCCGCUGCCUGCAUUUACAUGGCCUCUCACCUUAUGGGCGAUCCCAAGAGCUCGCGCGAGAUCGCCGCCAUCGCCGGCGUCAGCGAUGGCACCAUCAGGACUGCCUACCGCUUCCUGUACCAGGUCAAGGAUGAAUUGGUCGAGCCUGAGUGGAUCGGCGAUGGCAAAGGCAACAUGAACAAGCUUCCACAGAACUAG